UAUUCUACCCAUAAUACAAGUCGCGCCUAGAGGUUGACUUUCAAUGUGGAAGCUGAAGAAGACAACACGUUUUGCAGUUUUAAACAGAAAUUUCUUAUAAAAUGUCUUUUCAAGCGCCUCCACAGUCGAAUCUUGCCCCUCCUGGGACUCAGGGCAAUGUGAUGCCUGGCUAUCUCCCUCCUUCUGGCUUACCACCGCCCCCUAUGCCUCCAUCUUUUCCUGGCUAUCAAGUCCCACCGGCCUCUCAAAAGCAGCAAGGUAAGGUCAGACGUCAGGUCUCCAUGAAAUGAGAAAUGAACACAAGAUUUUAUAUGUUAGAAAGAUCAGCUGUAGUUGUUUUCUUGUGUUAAAAUAGAGUUAUUCUAGUUUAUAUGUUCAUAAAACUGUGUUUUGCUAAAGGCUGGUGGCUUACAACUUUUAAUAGCAAAGACAGUUUGAUUGAUACUUGAUCAAAGUGUGUGAAGUGUUAACCUUCAAAGACUUUUAUCAAAGUUGUCAAAACACAAAUUCAGACUGCACCCACGCAACAACAUUGGCUGAAUAUGAAAUCAUUUAAAUUUGAGUAUGGUUUUAAAAUCGUCCAGUCCAUGUGAACACCUGACUGGAAAGUUUGGAAAUUGUGCGCCAGAGAUUUAAAAAAUGUAAUAGUAGUUAUAGAAAGCAUCAACAUUGUGUGCCGGAGAUAUCCACAGUGUGAUACAAACUUUCCACGCUGGUGUGACCAGAGCUUUACUUACAUUCUAUUUCACGAAACGUUUGCCAAAAUAUUCAUAAUAUUUGCAAACCAAUUGUAAACUAAGCAUUUGAUUGGCUUCUUUUAAUUCACAGACCAAUUGGAGGCUUUGUUUACAAGCUCCCUUGUGAAUUUGAACUUUAUAUUAUUUAUAACAAAAUUACAAACUUCAAAAAGAAGUUUGGAACAUUUUGGCAAACAUUUUGUGUAAUUAUAUUUUUCAAAGUUAAUACACAUGGACGGGGGGAGGAGGAGGCAAAGUUGGAGUGUGUGUGUCAAUUUUUUUAUCAAGUCCAUUUUUUGAACUUUGAAAGGCAAUUACAGGAACUGAUAUUUAAUAAUAGAGAUAAAAUGAGAUAGUAAUAUCAUUGUGAAAUUGACUGCAGAAUAGUGCCUUGCUGUCAUAGCUCACCUCUAGUGAUAAUGCACUUGGUUGACAGAUGCAUAUAUCCUGAAGUGCACAAAUCUUCAUGAGAUCUGGCUGGAUCUAUCCCUGAAUUACUACAUUUAAGCCCAAGUCUCUCAUAUUUCUUAUAUGCUAUGUUUAUCAUUUGUUUUUCUUAUGUAGGUGGAACACCAUCUGGAUUUUCUAAUUCUGGGGUAAACUAAACUUGCCACAUUCUAAAGUAGUUACAUAGUGAGGUCAGCUCUAAUACUUACGCUAGUUUUACAACAUAAAGGCUGAUGCAAUAUUGACCAUAUCAAAUUAUACAAAUUAGAAAACAUAGUUUAGUCAACUUGGAUGUAUACAGGGCUCGAAACUUGCGGUAUCCCGAUAUCCACAGGAUAUCAGAUUUUAAUUUUGGAUACUGGGUAUCAUAAGCUCAGUAUCCCAACUGGAUACUAGGAAAACUUAGAAAUUGCGAUAGUAGAUAAUCAUCUAGACGUUUGGCAUGUUUCCGAACGGAUUUUGGCAGAAUAUUUAAAAAAAAAAUUUCACAAACGGCGCUUUCUUUCGUACCGCCGCAGUGUGUUAUUUUCAAUUUUUUCGAAUUUCAAUACAUAUUUUUAAUAUUGAAACUAAAGGCCUGGUGUUUGCUCAGCAACUGAAGGCCUGGUUGCAAGGUAAAAUUUUGCCUUGCUUAGAUACUGGAAAUAGAAUAUCUAGUAUCCAAAUCUGGGUUACUAUAGGAUGGAUACUAGAUUCUAUGAUGCUGGUAUCCACUUGGUUACUUACAAAAAUUUCAUGUUUCGAGCCCUGAUGUAUACCAAGUUAGAAUGAUACUUGAAUUGAUACUUUAUUUUUUAAAACCCAUUUGUAUGUUUUUUCCAUAUAGCAUAAUAAUCAGCAAGGUCACCGUCCACAUUUUGCCAAGAAGCACAGUGAUUAUUAUGACAAAAGAAAUUAUCAACAGGUUAGGGUAAUUUGUGAGACAAAGACAUUGUCUUGUAAUACAGUAGUACAUACAGUACAUGUGGGACUUUGGUGGCACAGUUGUCAGAGCAAGCGCCUUUCAGUGUUUCACCUAUGAGAUAGGGCCAAAAAAAAUAUGUGGGUUUCCGGAUUCUUAUAAAAACUUAGGUAGGGUAGGUCGGUUUUAACUUCUUUUUUUAAACUUUUUUUUUAAUUUUCCGAAUAAGCGGACGCCAUUUUGUUUAGCCAGUGCUUCCACAUCCAAAGAUAAAUUUCCCUAAUAUUGCCUCAAAUUUCAAUUUUCCACAAACUUUUUCCUCUAAGUGGAAACACUUACAAGUGUGAUCCAAUAAAAAAGUUUAGGGUCGGGAUUUCGACGUCCAAAAGCUAGGUAGGGUCGGGAAACCGGAAACCCACAUAUUUUUUUUUUGGCCUAGUCGGUUUGAUUUAAUUUUGCUACAGACUUGUGUGAAAAGAGUCUGCCAACGCUCUGCUGAAAGUCGUGGGUUUUCUCUGGGCGUUCCAGUUUGCUACCACAGGGCAGGAUGGGUUAGGAUAAAAACAUAGUUAGGAAGGUAAUACCGGUAUCACAAUUGUUGUAAAGAUAAGUAGUCUAAGCUUGGUAAGUAACAUAAGUAUAAGCGUAAUACUUGAUGUAAUCGGUCACUGAAAAGCCCCAAUGGGGAGUGAGCUGAAUAAUAAUGUAACAGUUAACAAAUAUAAAACAUUUUCCGUGUUGAUAUACAGUUAUAUAGUUAUAUCAACUCCGUGUUGAUAUAUAGUUAUAUCGAUCAACACAAGUGGAAAUUGGGAAAACGAGAAAUUUCACAAUUUCGAGAUUUUGAUAUACUGUAAAGGCCCAUUUCCACUCAAGAAAAAUUUCCAUGGACAGAAAAUGUUCCAAAAAUUUCAUUAUUAAUUAAAAGUUGAAAAUUUUCAACUUCAAAAUUUUUUUCCGCUGGAAAAUUUGUGUCGGCCAAUCACAUUUUACAAAUUUUCUAUCUGCGGAAAAUUUUACUGAAUAGAAAUGGGCCUUAACUGUAUAUCAAUACGAAAAAAAUGUUUUAUAUUUGUUUGAUAAUAUAGCACAAAGAAAUACAGCACAAAGAAAGAAACUUUCCGACGUUUCCGUGUUGACAUUGAGUUACAGUAUAUCAGCACAGCUCUUAGCCAAUCAGCGUUCAGAAUUUACAAAUGCUAUAUUAUAAUAUGUGAUCUUGAACAGUCUGUGUACCUAGUGACAAUAACAAGAUAGCUGUGGAUUGAGUGAGAACUACCUGAAGAAUACCAAGCAGAACUUCAACAUUUCAAGCGAAGGUCCUUCGUCGAGAAGUUAAUAGCAAAUUAAUUUCGCCGGGGAGUUCAUAACCUGUUGAUAAUUUACCAAUGAAGGGCCUUCGCUCGAAACUUCAUAGCUGUAUUUUUCAGGUAGUUGUAUCUCUCUCAAACUGCAGCUGUCUCACACAGGCUUUUAGUGAACGCCUUUGGAUGCCAAAAUUCUGGGGGAAAAGGGAAAUUAUUUUCAAUGAUUCCCUAAGUAUAUUAAUAUAUCCGAAAUAGCUUCAAUUCUCAUUAUUAUUAUACAUUUGACAUUUUGAUCAAUUUGAUGGUGUACCUGGCUGAAUGAAAAUGUCGUAGUUAAUUUAAGUAAAGAAGCAAUAGUGGCACAAACUCACAAAGCCAAGUGUGUUUGAAAAAUUUCAAAUGAGGUUGGAAAGAUACUAACGUGAAGUAAUAUAAACUUCAAAGGUUUUCCACCUAAACGAUUUCUCGAACCCCCAACCCCUUUUUACUGUAGAUGUAUCGUUAUGUCAAAAUCGGACGCCCUCUUUUACGACUCACAGUAUGAUCUAUUGUAAAUUAGACACCAAUAACAUGCACAUGAAAAAACCUCCUUUAUUAAUCUUGUUCAAAUUGCAUUAUAUAUAGAACUACAGACCUCCAAACAGUGACAAGCCAACAGUAACAGUGUUUGUAGGUAAUAUUACUGAACAUGCAAGUGACGCUCUCAUUAGACAGUUGUUAAUGGUACGUACUUUACUUUCUGACGCUUAUUUGAUAUCAUGUUAUUAUAAUAACGAUAGUUAUCCCAAUGGUACUUUCAAAUAUAAUUUUGACUCCAAUCAAUGCCCAUGGCAAUUACUAUGGUAUGACAGUACAAAGUUUUUAUUUUUUACCUAACUUUACUUGAUGUUUAACCCAUUAAAUUAAGUCGCAUUGUGUCUUAAUGCUCCCUAUGUUAUUAUUUACUUUAUCUAAUGCCAGAUGAUUUUAGUCUGUCAAAAACCAAUGGAUUUUAGUAUUUCUAAUGCCUGAAGACAAAUUUACUAGUCAAGGGGAGAGUGGUGGCACUCGUGUUAAUAAUUUAUUUUUGUUUUGUUAGAAAUGUGGUAUUGUUAUAAACUGGAAACGUGUUCAAGGGGCAGAUGGCAAACUGCAAGGUGGGGCACUGGUACACAACUAAGGCACUACAACAUGGAGAAAUCUGGCAUACAGCAUUGCAUCUUACGUAUUUUGUUUUAUAUAAAAAAAAUUAAUGAUAGUUUUUUUCAUCUAGCAUUUGGCUUUUGUGAGUAUGUUGAUCCAGAAACUGGUUUGAGAGCCAUCAGAUUGCUUCAUGAUCUUUCAUUCGGUGACAAGAAUUUAGUAGUAAGUCAUUUGCAAAUAAUUCUGUACCCUAAUUUAGUAGUUCACUCCGUCUCAUGCCAGAUAUUUUACUUGUCAAAGGGAGAAUGCCGGUGGCACUCAAUGCCAGGUUAAUUUAAUACUAUAAUAAUAAUAUUUGGGUGAUUAUUUGCAGGUGAAAGUUGACCAAAAGACAAAGGAAAUGCUUGAGGAAUAUAAGAAGAAGAAAGCAAGUUCAGAAAAUGUAAGUUGGAGACGUACAGCACAUGCCUGUGAGAUGUUGAGUAGCGGCGCUACCUGCAAGUGCCUGAAGCUAACUGUAAUCCCUGGUCAGAAGAUCUUAAUGCAUGCUUAAAGUAAAGUAGAAAAUUUCAAUUUUUCCGAAUACAUUUUGCAAUAUUUACCCAGACUCGAACAGAGUUCUUCGAUGGCCGGUCCCCUGUCGCAAUUUGCAAGCUUCAAGCGAAGCAGGCAAGUUUGGACUGCACAGAGCUAACUGCAAAUUUUUUUGGUUACCUGCAAAAAUACUAAAUAUACAGGCAUGGUAUAAAUAUAGCAAUUUGAAAUAUCUGGAACUAGUGUUCACUAGCUGGCAACACGUCUAAAAAUGCUCAUUAAUUUCAUUACUGUUUAAAGUACCAGUUUUCAAAGUACCACUGGUCUUAGUUUGUUUUUCUACAUAUUUUCUAUUCAUUUCUUGUUAUUAUUUCAGAAAGAACUUAAAGAUGGGGAUGAGGAAAUUUUGGAUGAAGCCACCAAGGUAUAAAUAACAAAGCUAUUCAAUCAAUGUAAGAUAAUUAGUUUAGAUUGGUUGAAGGUGACGUCAAAUUUUAUAGGUACAUGAAAUUGUAAAGCAUUUGGUGUAUUUUUUUCACUAUGUAGAGGCACGAUGAGGAAGUUAGGAAAGCAAUCAGUGGAUUAGUGAGUGAAAAUUCUGAUGUUCUUUCUGGAAAGUUUAAAGGUUUGGACCAUUGUAGUUGAAUAUAUUUUGAAACAACAUGCCAGGGAUUGAAACUGCCGCUUUUAAUUAAUUUGUAAUCUUGAAUAUAAUUACGCUUAUUUAUGUAUUUUUUCUUGUUUUGUGUUUUAGCUCCUGUAUCCAAAUGGAAACAAACGCACAGUGGAAGUGAGGUAUGGCAUUUAGACAGAGUAAAAAAAUUCUUUAUUUUUCCAAGUGUCACCACUGUUAAAGGCACAGUUCAGCCUUUUGAACGAUGGUUUUUAAGGCGCAUUUCAGCCCUUUUAAUUGAAAAAACUAACUAGGAAAAUCAAUUAAGUAUAAUUCAAAAUCAGUAAACUCGAUGUUUUUAACAAUAAAAAUGUUUUAGAAUGUUAAAAAUAUUGAGUUUGGUGAUCUUGAAUUAUGCUUAAUUGAUUUUCCUAGUUAGUUUUUUCAAUUAAAAGAACUGAAAUGCGCCUUAAAAACCAUCGUUCAACAGGCUGAACUGUGCCUUUAACGUUUCACCCAAGAUAUUGAAUGCAGCUUUUUGUAACAUGGGUAUGUGACUCAUGGGUAUGGAAGUGUAUAGAUUUCAGGUUGAUCUGGAAGAGAAACAUAAUAUUUUAGAUUAAAAAUUAGUUGUAAUAAUUUCUCCACAGGAAAAUUUGGACGGUUUGGGCAUGGAUAAGGAGAAGAAACAUCUCAUAUCCAAAGAGAUCCUAUCCUUCAGAAAUACAUACAAGGUGAGACAUUAUGUUUUAUUUUCUCUUUAUUUAUAUUUUGAUGUUUUUGUGUCUAAACUGUGUCAAACAGUUCUUAGUACUUUAUGUGAAUUAGAAUGCUCUGUGAAAGAAUGUUGUACUGUAGCUUAUAUAUUUCACUAUUUUAUAUAGUUUGUGGUCAUACAUAAGUAGUUAAGUAAUGCCCUUUAUAGCAGAAUGUUAAAUGUUUUGCCUAAAUUAUUGUGCAAUUGGCAAGUCCCUUCUUACUGUUGUUGUAUUGUAGGCAUGACACUGGGCUUUGAGGGUUACCCCAAAUUACUUACAAUAGAAAUCUCUUUGUUUACAAUUUGCAAGUAUGCACAAUCAAAUAAUGAUUCAGAUGAGUAAUGAGUUGUACAACCACUUAAAACAAUUACAGUAUGUGUAUGUGGUAUCAAUUUUUAGGAUACAACUGUAUUUGAGGAUUGUACUGUGUAAUCUGAAACACUUAGUUUACUCUGCUUAAUGCCAGAUGAUUUCACCUGUCAAGGGGAAAGUGCUGCCACUGAAUUUGAUGUACAUACAAAAUUCAUAGUCUAGAAAUUUUUUUGUUGAUCAGAUGAAAUAUUGUUAUACUGUAUUAUCACAUAUAUUAAAUGUAUAGUAUAUAUAUACAUAAUUUUACAUGUGCUGUAGUUAUAAGAAUACUAAAGUUGUUUGUUGAUGUUUAGAAUUUAUCAUCAACUUAAACCUCUGAAUAAAAUAUGCAGCAAUAAAAUGUGCAGUGUAAUGCUGUAUUAUAUAGAGAAUAAUACAUGGGUGAGCGGAAAUACCAGAUUUAUUUCGAGUGUUGAACAUGAUAUCUCACGAGUGAGCGCAGCGAACGAGUGAGAUAUCAUGUUCAACACGAGAAAUAAAUCUGGUAUUUCCAAGCACCCAUGUAUUUUUCUGUUUAUUAUAUAAACAAAAUCCAGUGAAAAACAAUAAAACGUCCGUGGCAAUGCGUUUUACCACAAAUGAUAAAAAUAUCGUGUGUUUAAAUACGAUUUUUCUCAGUGGCCAAAAGCUCUAUAUAACACUUAUGUUUAUAUAAUAAAUAAGCAUACUGUAUAGCUUGUAGGCUGAGAAAUAAGACAUAAGUAGCAUUGUGCCCAUUAUUAAAGUGGUUUGAACCCAAUUACAGUAAACAUGCAAUGCAAAUUUUAUUUGGGGUUAACUAACUAUAUAGCCUACAUGUCAAGCCCAAUAUUGAGAAAUAGGAAGUGGGUUUUAUUUAACAAUGGCUAUAUUAUUGCCUACAUAACAGUUACUGUGUCGAGCUGGCGAGAUUUUGAGAAAAUGUGGAACAGUUUUGUCAUAAUUGCUCUCCUUCUUAGGCUCUCUACGGUAGGGUAAGUUAUACCUGACUAGUUUAUAGUCCAAUCAAACUUCUUACAAUAUGAAAUAUAAAAUGCUAAUGAGUAAAACUAGUACCUACAGUAAAUAACUACUGUUAAAAUAGUUAACAGUGUUUGAUUAUUUGCAGUUCAACUCAGGUAUGGCAAAAAUAUUUCCUUUAUAAUAUUCCAUUUGUUAUUUUAGUGUUUGUGUGUCUAGUUAUUUAUAACAUUUGUUGCGUUGCAGAUUUUUUUCUAAUAUCAUAGAUAAUGUAGAUAUAUUAUUUCUGUAUUUGUAUUUUGAAAAUAACAAAUUGUUGCAUUUAUUUGCAGGAAUCUGUUGGUAUGUGCUUAAGUAAUAUUUUCUGCAUAUUUAUUAAUUCCUGCUUUUAAUUUAGGUGUAUAAUAUACUUUAUACUGAUUACUGUAUUGUUGCCUUAACCUUUUGGUACCGUGCUUGUGUGAUGAGCCUGCCUCGCAAACUAAAUAAAUUGUUCCUCUGUUUUACUUGUUUACUGUACAUUAAUAGUAUACUGUAUAUUAAUUUUCAAUUUUGUUAUUGUGUUGAUAAUUAGAUUUGAUAAUGUGAAUUAUCUACCUGAUUACAUGAUGUAUCCUGUUUAAAAAUGUUUUAUAUGCUCUCUUACUAGUAGUUUGAGAAAAUCAGACUAAAAUUUUUCACUUAUAUAGGUUGUUCGUAUAUUUAAUAUGCUUCUUCAAAUGUAUUUAGUGUAGUCGGUUUAGUAAUCAAAAUCAACUACGCUUAAAUAUUUCAUUUAUAUAGGUUGAGAAAAGUCAUUCUUAUAAUUAACAUACUUUCUUUAAACAUACUUUAUAGGUUAAACAAAUUGUUUGAUUUUAGUUGCAGUUUUACAUUUUCUAUACGAUUUUCUUUGUCACCGUGAUUUAUGUUAUAUUCUUGCUGUGUUAUUUAUGUAUAAAUGGUCUGUUUUGGUUCAAAUAUUGCAGUCGUAUUUACUGUUUACAGUACAUUAAGAACAAUCGAAAGUCUGGUUGACACUAUCAAAGUUUCUGUGAUCACAGUAGGAAUUUUGCAUAGGUAAAUUCUAAGUUUUGAAUGAUUUGUAAGAAAUAUUUGAGGGAACAGCUGGCGGAGUAUUAAACACUGAGUCAGUUCAAACAUUUCUUAUACAGUAAAUCCUUCAAAACGUAGAAUUUAUCUAUGCAACAUUCCUACAGAAACAUUGACAGUGUAAACUAAGCCAAGGUGUUUAAUCGUUUGUUUUUCGUGUGGUUUUCUUUUUCAGCAUCACAGCGUGUUUUUGCAGUGGAAUGCUUAUGCUUGUACAAAUGUUUGCGAAUGCAUACCUAAAGUAUAAUCUAAAAUACUAAAUGUAUAUAUUAAAUUGGUUUUAGGACUCACAGAAGUACAACAUAUUUUGGAAGUUAAUAUAAUAAUUCACUAUAUUGUAUGUUUGGGGAAAAUUAUAUGGUAACAAAAUACCUGCUAAUAAUAUUCCAGUUAUCUCUUUCUUAUAGCGUUCGGCAGCACUUACCUUGGUAGAUAGUAAGCCCUAGUCUAAAUGUAUAUUGACUUGGUUUUAGGACUCGCAAAAGCAGCAGCGAGACAAGGACGACAAAGAGGAGGACAGAGAAAGAAACCGAGACCGCGAGAAGCAACGUGAGCGCACUCCUGAGAAGGAACGAGAGAGAAGUAAGAGUCAAGAGAAGACCAAAGAUCGUAACGAAGAUCGCGUUAGAAGGAGCCCAAGCAAGGAACAAGAGAGGGAUACGAAUAGGGAUACGAGGGAUCGCGAACGGGAGAAUAGGGAUAAUCGAGAUAACAGGGAACGUGAUAGGGAUAGAAGAGAUCGUGACAGGGAUAGAAGGUAAGUGAGGCGUUUAUUUAAUCACGAUCGGUAAAAGCGGCAGCAGUUGGGGUGGGGUAUGGAGGAAAGGGGGGGGGGGUGCAUGAACCUGUAGUAAAGGUUCUGUGAUUGGUUGAUUAUAAUGCUAUACUAUGUUAUACUUAGGGAUCGUGAGGGUGAUCGUAGGGAUCGUGAAAACAGGGAUAAUAAGGGAUCGUCGAGGUCAAAUCGGGAUAGGGAGUUGGACGAGGAUGAAUCGUAUGAAAGAAGGAAGCGAGAGAGAAGACAGAAGGAACGAAGUCAGGCUUAUGUGGAGGUAGGGAAUUUUGAAUGCACGUUAAAACACAGAAUUUUGUACUAAACUAAUUUUAUUCAUAGCGGAUGCCUCUGGCAGUGUUUAGCUGUCCUCCCUAAAGUUCCAACGCGUUAUACAAAGUUGCUACGCGCGCUCGAAGACACGUGGUCGAGUGUUAAUACCAUUUCACGCGUUUAACAGUGCCCGAGCUUCGAUUACUAUAAAUGAGCCAAUCAUAUGUUUUUUCAACACGGUGUCUGCGAACUUUGAGAGUUACGCGACAAGACGUUGCCUAUUGCAACGCAAACUUUCGUUUUUGCCACAUUUUUUAUUGACACUGUGAGUAAUUUCUUUCUGACAUCUGUUUUAAUGUUCCUGCAGCGUUUGAAGGCGUGGGAAUUACGUGAGAGAAAGAAACAACGCGAAUAUGAUCGUGAACUGGAGAAAGAAAGAGAGAAUGACAGUGAACAGGUAUAACACACAACACGGGGAUGGAUCCCAGCCAGCUCUGGUAGGGUGGGUAGUCAUCGAGCUUUGGUCAUGGUUUAGGUUGCAACCGUUGACCAAGUGCAUAAUUACUCCAGCCUUGCCAGUAUACAUACCAAUAUGCUCGAAUAUACUGGCUCAAUAUACCAGCUGUAGGGUACGUACCAAAACUAGGAGGGGUGUGCAUCCCCUGCAGCACCCAGUAAAUCCAUCCCCUGCAGCACCCAGUAAAUCCAUCCCUAAACAGUCGUAUAGAUACAGACAGCUCCUCUCCUUACAGAUGGCAGCUGUCUAUAAAACGGACACUUCUCUCAGUUUUACAUGUUUUUAUUAUCCACUAUGAAGACCUUUGUUCUACACUAGUUAAUUCACCAGUCAGGUAUUAAUUUUUCCAGGCAAGAGAAAAGAAACACUUGUUAGAGUUCCUAGAAGAUUAUGACGAUGAACAGGAUGACCCGAAAUACUACAGGUAAUAUACAGUACACUGAGUAGAAGGUAUUGAUUUCAUAGUUUGUAGUUUAAGACCUGAUCAAGCGAGGAUGAGAGUUGAUGAAAGUUGAGAAGCGACAGUUUACAUCAAAGUUUUCUCAACUUUCAUGUCCCAGUCAAACAAAAAUAAGAGUUGCAUGAGAUUUGGUGAGAGCAAGUUUAUGUACCUGACAAACGAGCAGGUAAAAUGUCGACGUUUGGAACGAAGACCCUUUAUCAGGAAGGGCCUUCUCUCCAAAUGUCGAAGUUUUACUUGUAUUUUACCGGUAGUCGAAUCUCUCGCAAUCCACAGCUUUCUCGUGUUAUUGUCACUACCUAUGCUGACACAGACCGUUGAAACAAAAACUCUCUUAAACAGUCCCGAAAUAUCAUCAACUCGAACCGAGUUGACCACGUAGCUCAGUUGGCAGAGCAUUGGACUAGUAUCCCAAAGGUCGCGGGUUCGAUUCCCACCGUGGCCAAGCAAUUAACUUUUCAGCUUGCCCGGUGUGGAUGCACACUCAGAGUAAACAUCACAAACAUCAUAUUCACCUGAGUAUAUAACACCAACACACAGAAAUAUCUCUUAAACAGUCAUGAAAAUUUGAACCAGCUUUAAAGUUGAUGAGAGUUGGCAGUCAAACUAGCUGGAGUUUGAACUCUCAUCCUCAUUUAACUUGGUGGUUUUCCUGUAAAAGUGUCCACAUACAUAGAGGAUAUUACACGGCGGCGCGAAGAUAUGACUUUUAUCUUCGAGUGGUGAAAACAAUAUUUACAAACGAGCGCAGCGAGUGAGUAAAAUAUUGUUUUUAACACGAGAAGAUAAAAGUCGUAUCUUCAAGCCACCGUGUAAUGUUCUGUUUAUUAUAUAGUCCCAAGCAAAAAAUUGUAUAAAUACUAAAAGUCACGUGAUCUAUAUCUUCACAAGUGAAGAUAUAUCUUCACUAGUGAAGAUAUGGAAAAUAUCUCGCUGUGUAUUUUUCAGUAUCUCCCUCUCUACUAUAUAUAAUAAAUGUACAUAUACUGGUAUACCCUUACCGUUUCUAUUUUUUAACCCAAGUAUUUAAUUUCAAUCAUAGAGGCAGUUCGUUUGAUCGUCGACUGCAGGCUCGUAUCCAGGAAAUGGAGACUGAUGAUAAAGACAGACAACGUGAGAUGGAGGAGAUCGAAGAAAUACGAAAGAGACUGGGAGAUAGGGCCAUUGAACCUGAGGAAGAACUUAUGGUAUGGGGAAAUAUCUGUUUCAAUAUUUAUAAAUUAUAAUUUUUUUCCAGGGGGUUAUGCCUGUCUGUCAUGAAGGUACUGUAACUACGAAAAAUCAAAUAUUUUUAUACGAAAAUUUGUGGAGCUAAUGGCCAUAUGUCCAAGGACAAAUGUGUCAUUAAACACCAAAUAAUAAUAAUAAUUAUUAUUCAUUGUACUGUGUUCUCGGGUUUUCAUUGGCUAAGAGCCUACAAAUAAUUUUGGGUAUUUGUAGGUGCCUGCGCUAUUUCCAGCGGAAACAGUAAUCUGCAGAGGUUAUUGGACGGCGCCCGAGAUAUUUCAGCGGUAUUUUAUGUGAAAAUACAAAUUGGCGGGAAAUUUUUAGUUGAAUUUACGAAAAGUUAAUCAAUUCAAUGAAUAUUUAUUUGUUUUCAAUUGUUGCUUGUUUUGUUUUCUUUCUGUCACAAAAUGAAUAAUAAAACAAUUAUUUAAUUCGGCUUGCGCAGGAUACCAAAAUUAUUCAGACCUCGGUCAAUGUUAUCUGCCUCAGCCUUCGGCUUCGGCAGAUAACAUUGACCUCGGUCUAAAUAAUUCUGGAUAUCCUGCUCAGGCUCAUCCAAUAAUUGUUAAUAAUAAUAUUUUGGUUCAAUUUGGAUAAAAAUUGCUGGUGGAGAUAAUACGAGAUAUGCAGUCUCUGAAUGUCCUGUAGUUAUUCAACGAUGAUGUUUACCACGUAUUUUUCAAAUAUCAUGAAAUAAAUCCUAUAUCGGCCCAACGCAUCGCAACGUGUAAACAUAGCUUGAAGGAACUCUCGAGGUGAACUCUAUAUGAAACUGCGGAUUGAUAGGGAUACAACUACCUGAAAAGAAUUCAAGGAGAAGGGCCCUUCGUCGGAAAGUUAGUAGUGGCUACUAGCUGGUAGUUUUCAUUCUUAUCAAUCCUUAUUACUGGCGCUACCUACACUCGCACAGACCGUUCCAGAUGAACUCUAUAUGUUUUUCUUUUAGGAGGAAGAACCAGAACCGCAGCCAGAACCUGAGCCUGAACCAAGACCAACCUUACAAGCAACAUUCAAACCUGCCGUUGCUCCAGUAAGUACUAGUUUUAUGACAGGAUGCAUAUUUAUGUGGAGGACAGGGAUGUGCUGGAUACUGGUAUCCGGCAAAAUAUGAACAUCCGGUAAAAUUUGCCGGAUAGUACUGGAACUUUUAUUAUAACCACAAAACCGUCUGUUUUGCAUUAAGAUAUUGUGAAACACUAACAACUAGUAUACCGGACAUGUGACACAACGAAAUUACAGUUAAAUUUUUUUGUGAUGUAAACUGCUCUCUUUUGUAUAUUGUCUGACACCCCUUGAGCCACAUACUAAACAGACAACGGACUAUUUUAUGACAAAAAGUUAGUGACGUAUUGUCCAAGUACCACCAUCAGUAUCCGGUUAUUAUCCGGUAGACUACUAUCUGGUACCAUCCGAUAUCCGGCAACAGGGUUGCAAAAAAGCUGCGGGUAUGCAGGUACCACCCGCGAGGAAGGUUUACCAUAUGUGAGGUCAGCAAGGAAGGUUUAAUUAAUGUGAGUGCAAUACAAUCAACCAGCUGAUCAAUGCUAAAUACUAGUCAGCAGGAAAAAGGAAUAUGAAGCCGAUUUGGAAUGACAUAAUUGAUAUAUUUUGCAAUUUGAAAAAAAAAUUUGAAACUUGAAAUUUUACCCGGAGGAAAGGUUGAACAUUUUUUGCCACUCUGUCUGGCAAAGCAGUAUCCGGUACAUCCCUAGUUGCCGUGAACUUAGAAACGUUAAAAUGUAAUUUUUGGUUUCACCAGGUUGAAUCAGCUCCGAAAGUGGCUUCGCCAGUAUUACAAUAUAAUUCACCUAAAAACGUUCCUGUUGUAAGUCAAAACCACAAACCAAUAGCGCCAGAACAACAACAAAGCGAGGUCGAUGGUGCUGAAGUUGCACAGAAGAAAACUUUCGUCUUUGAAAUGAAAACAAAAGGACAUGUCGUAAGUACUUGUAUAUGAGAUUUUUCAUUCCCAAAGACUUCUACUGAUCUAUGGAAUAAUUACCAAUUGAAAGCGAUGUUUAAAGACCAUGUAAAGUCCGUAAUGUAAACAAUCGCUUUGUUUACAUUUUAAACUCAGUGCUACAGCCUACAGUUGUAAAAUAUGAUUAGAUAUAUAUUAUACUGAAUUUUUCACACUCUUGUGGUUCGCUAUGCUUGAAAAUGAAUACAGACUAGAGAUUCAAUUCAAGACAGUUAAAAAGAUACGAAAUAUUAAUAACAUUCCAACGGUCGGGUCCCGACCAUUGGAAUGUAAGCCUGCGCAGAACGGGACUUUACAUGGUCUUUAACAAAAUUCUAAUAAGAAAUGGCCUUCAGAAUGAAAUCGUCCCGGUUUGAAUUGUAAAACUGGGCCUUUGUUUGAUUUACUGAAUUCCAAUGGAGGCCAACACGAGAGGAUUUUAGCUAACUAGACUUCUGGGGAAAACAGUUUAGAACUGAUCUUUUUAGUGCACACAUCUGAUUCAAUCCAAAUCUAUGUUCGGCUAUCGACUUAAGUACUCAUUUUGUUUUAGGGUUCAGCAAAUUCGAACAGAAAGAAACUCGAGGCUGUGUUUAACAGCGAAGAGGACUCGUCCAAUACUCAAACUCCAAAACGUAAGCUUGUACCUCUAGAUUAUUCUGAGGAGGAAAAGAAAGCGGUUGCUACAGCUAAGAGUGCGGAACAGAAGAAGAAAAGUAUUAAGUCGCUUAUAGAGAGAAUUCCCACUGCUAAAAAUGAACUUUUUGCUUAUCCACUCGACUGGGAGUGUGUUGACCAGGUAUGGUAUUGGUUGUGUUACGCGUGAUAGAUAUUUGUAGGUUGUUGUAUGUUUAUGUGGUUAGUGUUGCCUUCGUUUCAUUGUUGUUGCUGCUGCUGCUGUUGUUGUUGUUGUUGCUUUGUCAUUGUUUGAUUGUUAGUGUUGUUACUGUUACUUUCGUUGUUGUUAUCGUUAUUUUCAUUGUUACAUCCACUCCUGUUGUUGCUCUUGUUGUAAUUGUUGUUUAUUGCUGUCGUUGUUUAUGUUGUCAUUGUUGUUUAUGUUGUUGUUGUUUUCGUUGUUAUUUGUUCUUUUGCUAUUGUCUUUGACUCUUCGUUGUCGCUUUGUUGGUGUUGGUGGUGUUGUUGUUUUUUGCUGCAAUAUGCUAUUGUCGUUGGUUUGUCCUCAUUGUCCUCGUCCUAACAGUUAAAUUAGUUUAAUAAGCCUCCGUCAAUACUGACUCGCCAUAAACCUUGAAUACGCUGCCAAUGUUUAAACAGUAUAAUCGCGUUAAACAUGAAUGGAACACGAAGAUUGGGAGUCUCGUUUGGUUGACAGCAAAAUGAGGUAACAAAGCGCAAAAUAUGCAAACCAGUCUUCCUGCAAAUUAUUUUACCUUGCGUCUCUAGCUUCGGUAGAUUGAACCUUACAGGGCGAAAAGUUCUCCGAGGUAUGUAUGCAGUGUGUUGAGAAAUCACACACUAUAAUACUGUAGGUGUUCUGUGUUGUGUUACCAUGAUGGACUCAUGUUGUUGGGUUAUUUUCUUUAGAAUUUAAUAGAUCGUAGAAUAAGACCUUGGGUCAAUAAAAAAAUCGUGGAAUACAUCGGGGAGGAAGAACCUAGUCUUGUUGAUUUCAUGUGCACUAAGGUAUAGUUGUUUAAAUGUUUAUUUCUUUUACUUCUGUCAGGUGCGAAGGCUAAAGGCCAGACUAAGCAACGCAUAACAAAUUUCACUGUGAUCUAUCAUUUAACCUUUCCCAAGGGGAGGUGCAUGAUUUUUCAGGGGAGGUGCAUGAUUUUUCAGGGGAGGUGCAAAAUAUCUCAGGGGAGGUGCAUAACGAUCUCAGGGGAGGUGCCCACCUCCCCACGCCUCUCCUCAAAAUCUAGACUUGCUCCAAGUCUCUCUUUCAUUGUGAUAUAUAUUAUCGACCGAAAAUGCAAGACUUGCUUUAAUUGUUUUCUUUCAGUGUUUAUAUGUAUUGAUCUAGCACAGUGUAAAUAACAUGAGUUCCAUUAUAGUAAAUAAUACAGAAAGGAGGAAUUGAAGGAAAACAAUUAAAGCAAGUCUUGCAUUUUCGGUUCAGUUUUGAACCGAGAUUUUCCGAAGUUGACAAGUCUCUCUUUCUCGCUCCGCCUCUCCGUGCUACGUCAUGUAAUGUACACUAUAGUUGAUCGAUAUGACAAUGCAAGAGAGACUUGGAGCAAGUCUACUCAAAAUCCGGCCAUGCAAUGGUGUGCUUCUUCGACAUCCCCCCCCCCCUGCAGUAACAUUGGACAGGAUCGCCAAUGUUGUGAUAUUUAGGGAGGACAGUUAGAACUGAUAAAGAAAGUUAGUUUAGUGCUUUGUAAAAAUUCUCCUCACUUGAAAAGUUCAUGUCAUGUUUUUUCUAGCUCCUAGCACGAAGUGCACCGAACAACAUUCUUCAUGAUGUUUCGAUGGUAAGAUCUUCUACGGCCUCAGGGUGUUAGCUACAGUAAAAAAUUCGGCGUUAUACGCCGUUUUCACAAUUACAUUUAGCCAGUAGUCUCGCAUUGCUCAAGAAAAAUUGGGUACCAGAUAAGUGUUGGGAGGAUGUCAUGACUUGCACUUCAAAAGUUUCAAUUUAGCUCAGCAGGCGCUUGGCGGCCUUGGCCACGAGAACGUCAUUUAAGAAACACGAUAUUCCUUAACUCCUGUCUGAAUGUCGCAGGCUAACUGAAAUUCUCAAUUUCAUUAAAUUGGCAAUUCCAGCUUUUAGUUUAUGCGUGCAGGGGACGAUGGGAAGUAAGGUAUCACAUUGCUGAUUAUGCUGAAAAAAAUAAAAAUGGUGGCCGUGUAAACACGGAGUAAUAGCUUAUACUUGUAAAUAUUGAAAUAUUUCGGUUGUUUCGGUAGUUUUUAUUGAAAUUUUUCAGCAUAAUCAGCAAUAUGAUACCUUACUUCCCAUCAUCCCCUGCAGGCAUAAACUAAAAGCCUGGAAUUGCCUAUUGCCGAUUUUUUUAUUCUUCUGGCUAACACCCUGGGCCUUUAUUCAUUUUAUACUAAAGUGGGUUGGGUUUCAUCAAAUAAUAAGUAAGAAGUCUGUCUGAACAUGGCCUAUCGAAGGGAAGAUGGCUGUGAAACUCAUUAGAAUAACAAUAUAACUCAUCUAUGUUAGUCAACGUUUAUUCAUAAAUACGGUCCUUCACCGUCACGUGUGUAUUGUAUUUUUGCCAAAUCCACCAGUAGCAAUUUCCAAUUUACCCUAUUGUUCAAGUCACAGAUUGGUAACCUUCCUAAAACAUUGCUAUUGGUUAGUUGGGCAAAAAUACAAUACACACGUGACGGUGAAGGACCGUAUAAUUGUCGUAUUUAUGAAUAAACGUUGACUAACAUAGAUAACCAUUAAUUUGACACGAUCAUGUUUAAAGCUACAAGCUAGCUUGUAUUGUCGUAUUAUACUCAGAGUAACAUCAGCCGAAAAAAAGAGCAACGUUUUUAUUCUGAUCUUGUUAGGUUCUGGACGACGAAGCGGAGGUAUUUGUUGUUAAGAUGUGGAGACUUCUUAUUUAUGAAACCGAGGCAAAGAAAAUAGGAUUAGUUAAGUAGAUAUCAUUAUUUUCUAUAUACACACACCAUGGUCUAUUCGUUAGUUCGUUUCGUGUGCUGUUGUUGUCUAUAAGGCGCACGCUGCAAACGGGAUAACACGCAAGGAAAUAUGAUGAUUUUCAAAUGUUUCCACAUGAAACAAUUUACCCUAGUUUGCCAGGGUUGACCGUGGAUAGUUAAAAGAGUGCUUUUAUUAUCCAUGGGUAACAUAAUUAUGCAUAAAUUCCGUAUGUAUAAAUUCCGAUUCACAAAUCCUGCCCAAAAUCAGUUUAUUGGUCUAGUGCAUUUGCAAGAGCAUGUUGCGGUGAAAUAUUUGUAUUUGACCAUUUUGUAUUCAGGAGAAUAUUUUUGAUGCAGUACGUCACUAUACACUUGUAGUUGUAUGGUAAUUGUAAACAGCAUUGCAUGAAUUAGCUCUUCUUGCCAAUACGGUUUUUGCAAAUGAAAGACAGUAGAUUGUGUAUUUAAAACGACUUUGUUAAAAUUCCAGUGCUUUUAUUGAAGAAUAAAACCAGAGUUUCGCUCUUAAAAGUUAUGAUUACAAUUUUUUCUUAGAGUUUUUGUCCUCUCUUGUGCGUAGUUCGACUUCCAUAAUAACUUGUACCAAACAGUAUGUGACCAUAGCAAGGCAUAGUGGCGUCCAUACUCCGCCUAAAUCAAUAAAAAAAUUAGACAAAGGAUUAACCG